ACUUAUGCGAUGUAACUUGAAAUAGUUAUUUGGGAGUUCUGCACCGUUAGUUUCUUGGUUUUUCCUAAUUAUUUCAUUAUGUACCUUUAUCUCUUUCGCUUGUCUGAUGCUGAUGACAAACGAGAAGAAGCAGCUAUAGGAAGGCUUGAGAAAUCGCCUCCUAACAUUGUGAUGAAUAAAAGUCAUCCUCUUUGCUGGAGAACUGUACACAUCAGUUCUCCAAUUGUUGCUGCAAAGAGUAUUUUCUUUUUUAAGUUGUUCUCGAAUGGCACGGAAGAGCAACGAUAUGUAAUUGUACAAAUUCAUGAGUCGGAAGAAGCAGCCCUCAUGGACCUGUUGAAGUUUAUGUAUUGUAAUACAUUAUCAGCUAAAACACCAACUGGUCUGCUUGAUGUGUUGAUGAUUGCUGAUAAGUUUGAGGCGGCGUCAUGCAUGAGUUACUGCAGCAAUGAAUUGCAGAAUCAACCCAUGACAACUGAAACCGCGUUGCUUUAUUUGGAUCUUCCUUCCAAAGUAUUAAAGGUUAAUGUUGUUCGGCCGUUGGCAGAUGCUGCCAACGUGUUCCUUCUAGUUCGUUUUACGGACAUAACAAAGUUCGAAAUAGAGGCAUUGAGUUUGUCUCUUUCUGGAAUUAAGGUUGUUCUGUCCAGUGAUCUUCUUGAGAUUGCAUCAGAGGAUGCUGUGUAUGACUUUGCAUUGAAGUGGGCUCGUAUGCAUUACCCAAAGCUUGAGGAACGACGAGAAGUAUGGACCUCAUAUCUCUGUUUCCUCAUUCGGUUUCCAGCCAUGACAUGCACAAAGCUGAAGGAAAUCAUGACGUGCAAUGACUUUGGUUGGGAGCUUGCUUCAAAGUUUGUCUUGGAGGCUCUUUUUUACAAGGCCGAACCACCGUAUCAGCAGGGUGAAAUUGCUGCCAGGGUGGAGAAUGCUUUCAACAAUCGUUAUGUGGAACGGGCGUACAAACUCAGACCUGUUAAAGCUCUCGAGUUUGAAGCACCUCAUCAGCUGUCUGUUGUUUACCUAGAUUUGAAAAGUGAUGAGUGUAAUAACCUCUUUCCUGAAGGUAAACUCUUUUCACAGGGUUUCCAUUUGGGUGGACAAGAGCUUUUCCUUUCCGCACAUUGCAACAUAGAACAACAAGGUGUUUACCAUUGCUUGGGGUUGUUCCUGGGCAUGCAAGGGGAGGAGUCUCAGCCACUUGCAGUUGAUUACGAGUUUUCAGUGCGUGUGAAACCAGACAACGAAUUUGUGAGCAUGUAUAAGGGAAGCCACACCUUGAGUAGUGGCAUCGUUGUGGGGUGCCACAACCUUUGUGGUGUAACUUGGAUCCCUUUUCUGAGUGAAGAUAGUUUGUAUUUCAUCGAUGAAAUUCUGCAUAUUCGUGCUGAUAUUACUGUGAUCAGGGAAUGAAUUUGCCUGUUGCCAUAUUUGCAGUGUUGUGAAUUAGUAAAAUCAAACUUGUUGAGUAGUUUCAGUGACUUUGGGAUGUGUA